AUGGCUUCCGCAGACGAGCUUAAGGCUCUCGGCAACAAGGCCAUUGCCGAGAAGAACUUUGACGAGGCUGUCGCCAAAUUCACCGAGGCGAUCAAGCUCCAGCCCGACAACCACAUCCUUUACAGCAACCGUUCUGCCGCUUACGCAUCAAAGAAGGACUGGCAACACGCUCUGGAAGACGCCAAGAAGACGACCGAGAUCAAGCCCGACUGGCCCAAGGGCUGGGGACGCCUGGGCACAGCGCACUACGGCCUGGGUGACCUCCUCGCCGCGAACGACGCUUACGAGGAGGGAUUGAAGGUUGACCCCAACAAUGCCGGUUUGAAGAAGGACCUCGCUGCGACCCAGAAGGCGAUGAAGGCGGAGGCUGGUGGUGACGCCGGCGACCCGACUGGUGGCCUCGGCAACAUGUUCAAUGACCCUCAACUCCUCCAGAAGCUCGCCGCGAACCCCAAGACGGCUGGGUUCCUCGCAGACCCCACCUUCAUGGCCAGACUCCAGCAGAUGAAGGAGAACCCCAAGGGCUCGCCCGAUCUGUUCACCGAUCCCCGCAUGCUGCAGGUCCUCGGUGUCUUGAUGGGCGUUGACAUGCAGAUGGGCAUGCCCGACGACAUUCCCCAGGACGCCGAGAUGCGCGAUGCGCCCCCCCCUCCCGAGUCGAAGCCUGCUCCCAAGAAGGCCCCCACCCCCGAGCCCGCGCCCGAGCCCGAAGAACUCGACGAGGAGGCCCUGGAGAAGAAGAAGGCCAAGGAGGAGGCCGACAAGGAGAAGGCGCUCGGUACCGAGAACUACAAGAAGCGCAACUUUGACGAGGCCAUCGCACACUACAGCAAGGCCUGGGAGCUGUACAAGGACAUCACUUACCUCAACAACCUCGGUGCCGCGUACUUCGAGAAGGGCGACUACGAAAAGGCCAUCGAGGCCUGCACGAAGGCCGUCGAGGAGGGCCGCGAGAUCUACGCCGACUUCAAGCUGAUCGCCAAGUCUUACGCUCGUAUCGGUUCCGCCUACGAGAAGCAGGGCAACCUCGAGCUUGCCAUCGAGAACUACAAGAAGUCUCUGACGGAGCACCGCACCCCCGACGUCAACGCCAAGCUGCGCGCCGCCGAGCGCAACAAGAUCGAGCAGGCCCGCCUUGCCUAUCUCGACCCCGCCAAGGCCGAGGAGGCUCGCGAGGAAGGUAACAAGAAGUUCAAGGAGAGCGACUGGCCCGGCGCUGUCGCGGCGUACAGCGAGAUGAUCAAGCGCGCGCCCGACGACCCUAGAGGCUACAGCAACCGCGCGGCGGCGUUCAUCAAGCUGCUCGAGUUCCCCAGUGCCGUCGAGGAUUGCAACACGGCCAUCAAGAAGGACCCAACCUUUAUUCGCGCCUACAUCCGCAAGGCGCAGGCCUUCCACGGCAUGCGCGAGUACUCCAAGGCGGUCGACGCCUGCACCGAGGCGGCCAAGGUCGACCAGGAUCACCACAAGGGCGCCAACGCGCGCGAGAUUGAGCAGCAGCAGCAGAAGGCGUUCAACGCAAUGUACUCGGCGCGGGAGAACGAGACGGAGGACCAGACCAGAGAGCGGUUGGCCCGCGACCCCGAGAUCAUGAGCAUCAUGAACGACCCCAUCAUGCAGUCGAUUCUCCAGCAAGCGCAGUCGGACCCUGCGGCGCUGACGGAGCACAUGAAGAACACCGACAUCAGAGCCAAGGUGCAGAAGCUGGUAGCGGCGGGAGUUAUCCGCGUCGGUCGGUAA